UGUAGUCUGGCUUUUUCACUCUCUGCAUUGAUGCCUCGUACCCGUCAUAAACUACUGAAACAAGCUUAAAGACCAAAACCCACAGUUCCAGCGGCGGCAUCUGCCCACCCCUCUCCCUCCUUUCCUGGGGCAACUGGGUUUGAAGCCACAAAUCCCUAAUCCCAAUCGAGAAGAGGUAGGCAGAAAGCCAGCGAAACCUCUGACGGGCAGCUUUCUUGUCUUCAGUCUUGCCAUUUUUGAACAGGGUUAAGCAUCAACAGCAAUUGUAUCUAUUCGCCUGCUUCUUUUGUUUGUUUGUUUCUUUUCUUUUUUUUUUUCCAAUUUUCCAUCUGAAUCUAAUUCGAGGAAGUUGUUCUUUCUGGAGGUAAUUAUAUAGGAUUCUUGGUAGCAAAUGUUUUUUUUUUGGGACUUGUAUUGAGUUUUUACCCAGUUGUUCACGAGUAUCAAGGUGAAAAUUGAAGUGGGAUUUAUGUCUUUAGUCUAAUAGGCUUGUUUGUCUUCUUGUUUUACUUGAUUCAGAGGACAUCUAUUUGACAGAAGGGAUGUAGAAUCCCCCAUUUAUUGAUCCAAAAACUUUGAUAGCCUAAAGGAGUGCUAUUAAUCUUGAGAAGUAUGCAGCUUUGACAUAUUUCUGUUGUGCUUUCAUCUUAUCUGUAGAUAAUUUUUGAGGUCCUGCCCUCAUACAUGAAGCAAAGAAAAAAUCUGAGGGAUUCUGUACAGAAAAUGAAAUGGUCUUUGUGGAAUGCAUUCUUUUGCCAGGAUUAUUAGCUGGAGUUACAAGUUGUUCUAGGUUCUUGUAGAACAAUUAUUUGGUCCAAUCAUGGCUGCAUCUGCGAAAACUUUAAGCCUUGAAAAGCCUAAUCCUCCUGCUGAAGACUGGAAGAUAGUCUUACCUCGUCGAGGAAAACAGAAGAGGCAGUUUCGCAAAACCAUUGAAUCUGAACUACAGAAACCGGGGCAAUCCUGGUCUCCUAUAGAUGAUCAAAGUGAUCCCGAAAAUGAAUCAAAAUUAAUGCAGAAGAUGCUGAGUUAUGUCCAAAAACUUGAGAGUUCCCAGUUCUAUCAAGCCUUCAUAGAUCAAAUCCAAAGUCAUGAAAUGUCUGAUCAUUUGCACAGGGUUUCGGGGUCAGAAGAGAAAUUGCAGAUGGUAAUAUAUGGUAUUGGCAGCAUUGAGUCAUAUGAACCACCUCGAUUACAACUUAGCCUGGCAAUAUUGAUGAAAAGGAAAUUCACGUGGAUAGGGGAUGUAGAGGUGUUUGAUCCAGUUCUUUCUUUAACAGAAUCAAAGGUUUUGUCAGCUUUAGGAUGUUCUGUGCUAUCUUUUAAUGAACAGGGAAGGCGACAAGCCUUAAAACCAACACUAUUCUUCAUGCCACACUGUGAGGCAGGAUUGUAUGACAAUCUCCUCCAGGCGAAUUGGGAAGUCAAUAUGUUGAACCAGAUUGUAUUGUUUGGAAAUAGCUUUGAGGCAUAUGAACAAUUCUUGUCAGUCUGCAAGGAUCCAAUUCGUGAGGAAAGACAAAGGCAUAUCAUGGCCAUCAGGAGGUUCACUAAAGAGUUUGCAAUUAAUGCAACAUCAGAUGAUUAUUUUCAGACUUUCCAUAGUUCUAGUUGGCAUUUUUUCCGCAUCAGUCAUGAUGAAGACUUGCAAAAUUGUUAAACUGUAACAACUUCACGGUGAUUACUAUGGACUUGCUUGAUUGUCUUGACCAGUUAGCCAUUGUUACACAUCGUGGAUAGUAUUGGUCCUCAGCAAUAUAUUGCUUUUUGGCCGUGCUACUUCUUACUCAUCUUUUUAAUUUGUAUACUAACAUCAAUUGUUCAUAUUUCGGGAUUGAUUUCAUAUUUAGUGACCAAUUGACAAGAUUUUGGAAACUUUUGUUGUAAAAAACAUUCGAAGUUCAGUUUGGAGUAAAGGGUCAUAUUAUUCUUAUGGAACAAUGACUAGUUGAGAUCAGCAUCAGAGAUACUGAUAAUCUUAUAGUGUAUUUAAUUUCUCU